CAAAGCUCCAGAUGGGUCGCUAACUUGCGCUCAGUGGGUGAAUCCCCAGCCCCUAGCUUUCUUGACUGUUUGGGUUUUUGGCUCCAAGUCAGAAAGACCAGUGGUGCUUUAUCCACAUAUCCCGCGCCCUGCGGCACCUGUAUUUUCGUACCGGAGGUGAAGGAUGUUGUCACAUAACAGGGAUAGAACCGCAAUCCACAAAGUGCCUGUCACCUGCUGUAUCACGUGUAUAUCACUUACAUCCUGUAUAUAGACCUUUUUCAUUUGUCUAUUUCUACUUUGAUAGGUUAAGCCACUUUACCACACUCCGUAUGCCCAUUGCUGCGUGCCAUAACUCGUGACAAUGUACGAACGACGCUGGCUUUGGCGGGUCGCCAUGACUGCUUUCUCUGCGGGGGGCGCGUCGCCUUCACAGUGCGCUUUCUCCUUCCUCUUCCUCUUCGUCGCGUGGUUUUCCGAUCAGAAAGAAAGAGCGCCAUGCGGAGGUUGUGUUAGUAUGAUAGGUCGAGAUGGCAAGGGAGAGAUGCGGGACUAUCAACAUAAGAGAAAUGGUACCAAGGGCGGGAGGCAAUUGGUAGGCGAAGCCGGUGAUAAGACGAUGGACGAUGAUAACGAAGCUGCAGUGAGGAAGUCGGCAGUCGAUAUUUGCAAAGCCGACUUGGCUAAUAACGAAGUGAUAGGCGCUAAGUCAUUUGUUCUGGCUCGUCAAUGUUUGCUAUUUGCCGGCAAUGGCUUGCUCGGUGUCAAUAGUCAGUCUGGCCGCUGA